UUGUUUCAUUUGGAACUGUAAGUGUUCUAUAAAUAAUAGACAAAUAAAAAACUAACCAAAGUCGAAGUAAGAAAAUCUUUCUUCAAAUCUUUCUUCAAGUGAAAAUAAGUUUUACGGAGGAGUGAUACCACGGAACAAGCCAUGAUAGAAUACAUGAAAUAUUCACUUCAGUGUGUAAACGCCUGGAACAUUUUGAACUGGAACACGUUGCGACAUAACACGAGGAGAAAACGAGACAACUCUUUUUAUCGUGACAAGGGUUUUUAUUGAUUUUCUAUUUGUUAUUGUGGCAUAAAUCUGUGGAAGGGUCCCUAUAACACAUUUUGUCUUAAAGUAUGAGCAGUGAUGACGAGUUUGACAGUGACGCUUACCAAGCAUAUGAGGAUCAGCUGUACAGAGAGCAUUCUUCCUCUGGAAGUGAAAAUGAUGUAGACAGUGAAAUAGAGGAGACACUUUAUUGCCAUGUGCAUUAUGCUUCUUCUCUGCCGGUAUCAGAGAAGUCUGCUCCAGAUAAGGUAGCACAAAAGAGGAAAGAUGGAGCAGUUACAGGACUAGAUAAUGAAAAAGAUGGGUAUCAGUCAAAUAACUUAAUGAUUGAAAUCUCCAGUGAUGAUGAAGAGAACUGCAAUGAUGAUGAUGAUGGAAAUGAUAACAAGAACAUCACUUCCAAAGAUGUGUUGGACAGUAGUAAUGCAUGUGAUAAUUUAAAGCUUAAAUCUUCAUUUAACUAUCCAGAAAUUGUCAAUCUAUUUCCUGAUGAAAAUGUUCUAACUUCAAAAGACAAAGUGAGCAAGCAGAACUCACCACUUGGGAAAAAUAAAGGAGAACCAAGGGAGAUAACAGAAAACUGGUCCGUGAUUGAAAGGGACUUAGAGGACCCCAGUGUAAGCAAGAGACAUUCAAGAUAUUACACACCAGGAAAAGGAGCACCAUAUAGGAGGUGUCACAACUGCAAUGAAAAGGGUCACCUGUCACAGUUUUGUCCACUACCCAAGAAAACCAGCGUGUGCUUCUUAUGUGGAGGUUGUGGACAUAUAAAGAGAUCCUGUCCAAAUGAGCUCUGCUUUAACUGCCAUGAACCCGGCCACAAGUCCAAGAAUUGCAGGAAGCCCAGACUACGGCCAUUUGAUCGCUGUAAUCGAUGUCAUGUGCUAGGUCAUUAUGCAAUGGAUUGUCCUGAUCGCUGGAGACAGUACCAUCUUACAAUAAAAGUGGGUCCAAUCAUUCGUCCUGAAAGACCUUUAUCACCUCCGAGGGCUGUAUCUUGUUAUAACUGUGGCGAUCAGGGUCACUAUGGACAUGAAUGUCAGGAGGAAAAUGCGACUAGAAGACAAGAACUUCCUUUGCCUUUUGUAGUUUGCUAUGAUGGCUGUUACACGUCUUCAUCGCUCAAUAAAAUAAAUUACGACGGAAACAAAGAGAGUAGUAAGUCACGGGAAAACAUGCAUCAUCAAACCUUCUCUGAUAGGUUCUGUGAUCAACCUGGACAGCAAAACUUCGACAUUGACAAAAUUGCGUUCCAACCUCCGCCGGAAAAAGUGAGAAAGCUUGGCGAAAAUCUUGAUGGCAGAAAAGUAUCACUUCACACAGACAUCUACCAAAGAAGGAAUGUCGAUGAUUCGCCGUAUUCAGAUCGUAAAAGGAAACGGAAAAAACAGAAGGAUAAUGGAACGAAUGAAAGAAACGAGCGUUUUGUUGAGAUUGUAGACUUCACUCUCUCAGAAGAUGGCUUGGCAGAGGAACCAUAUCAAGUAAAUAGAAAGAAAAAGCAAGGAAAGCAGCGUUGGCGAGGCGAGGAAAGUCUUGACGACAACUUCGACAAUCGAUCAAUAAAUGCACGAAAUAGUUCCCACCAAAGAAACGACAAGAAGGAUUUUAAGCACAGGUCUUUUCAUGACAGAGAGUUUGACUCGCGAAAUACUUCAUUUAAGCAAACGAGAGACUCCAAUUUUAAGUCACGUAGCGGAUUUCGAUUUAACAAUGAAAAGCCUGGAAAGAAGUCUAUUUCGAAAUUGCUAAAAAGGUAUACUUUUUGAACUGUGAAUAGAAUUUUUAACGAGUUUUGACAAUUUUAUAUGCUCCCUAAACCAAGUUUAAGCUUUUAAGUCUCAAAUCCUCAACUAGGUCAGGAUUUGUCACAGGAUUUCUUUUUAUGAUAUUUAUAUUAAUAAGUUUUACCUGCAACUGACCACAGACUAAUUUGUUGGCAUGCUUAAACUUUGACCGCUACAAAGGACAUCCUAGAUUCUACUCUUGGACUUGAAUAAAAGCAACAGAUUGUAAAACGGU